AUGAUGAGGCAGUCGAAACAUGGCGUUUGCCUUUUGGCUUUGGUCGCGCUGGAUGCCUUCCCCCUACAGGAUAAUGCUGGCUUCGUGACCAGAGUUGAGAACGUGUUAGCUCAUGAAGCUCUUCGUCAGCGAGUUCAACUGAGUGCCAAGCCACCUUCAAAAGAGCACCUAUCAGGUGGUGAAUUCAACCAGCAAGUCACUGGUUCAGCUUCUGUCUCAGAAAUGCUACAAGUAUUGCACACUGAGCGCUACAACCCCAACUACAAUUUGAUCAUAGUAUCAGCGGCCUGGCACACCAUGGCACGCUUGCAGCAUUCGAUCACCCGACAGGUGGUUGCAGACCCCUACUUUGACGAAUUCAUGCAAGAUACCCUCCAGAUCCUGAAGCGGUCAUUGGUACAAGAUCCUGGCUGCUGGUCGCGUCAGAGUGCAAACCUGUUUUGGGCAAGUGCAAAGCUCUCACGUCAAAGCGUGGUGAAGAGGCACUUGGCAAAAGUGCAAGCGGAUUUCAGUGAGGCCGCUGCAUGCACUGCCUUCAACAUGGACGAACAGGGUGUAGCAAAUGUCAUUUGGGCGUGCUCUGAGCUGAACUUGCCUAGAGCAACGUUGCGUAAAAUCAUGGAUGCAGUCACAUACAGACUGAGAGAUGUAGCAGAAGAGCUUAAACCACAAGGAACUUCAAACAUUUUGUUGGCUGCAGUCAGAUUGGGAAAGGAGGCGCCACAGCUGUUGGAUGAAAUGGAGCUGCUUGCAGAGGUGUUGCCUGACAAGAUUGCGGCCAUGGAUGCGCAGGCAGUGGCCAACAGUAUUUGGGCCACAACCAGGCUUGAAAGACAAGCUGGAGGGGCAGCCUUGCUAACUGUGCUUCCUGAUUUGGUGAGGCGGGCUGAAGUUGUGGUUGGCAACAUGAACGGGCAAAAUGUAGCCAACAUCAUUUGGUCAGCAGCCAAGCUCCGAAACAGACCCCCGGAGCUUUUGGAGCUGAUGCCCAGAUUGACAAAUCGCGGGGGUAAGAUCAUUGGCCAGCUUGACUCUCAGAAUGUUGCCAACAUAUUCUGGGCAACUUCCAAAUUGCAGGAAGAGGCUCCCAGUCUACAGUACUUUUUGCCCAACAUGACUAGGAGAGCAGAAGCAGUGAUUACACAGAUGGAUGUAGAGGGUUCAGCCAGCACCAUUUUGGCUGUGGGACAGCUUCAAAGUGAUGAUAAGCUGUUUCUGCGGAAUUUGCUGCCGGGGCUGACUCAGCGGAUGUUCUUCAUUUUGCAGCACUCGCCACCACGAGAAAUGUCCAACGCUUGCUGGGGCCUCGCGCUAUCGGGGCACGCUGACAUUGACUUUAUGAAUUCAGUGGCGGCCGAACUUGUGGCAAGAGCUGACCAGAUGAAGCCAAAGUCGGUGGAAUAUGACAUGCCGCAGAUCCUUAUUUCUUUUGCGAGGCUUGGCAUUCCAGGGCCUCCAGAUUUUCUGGAUAUUGUCCACAGGAAACAGCGGCCGAUGCUGAAGAGGAUGAAUGCCUGGGGCCUUUGUGCACUCUCGUGGUCCUGCAAGCGGCUGGAUGAUUCUGGCAAGUUCCGUGACUUCUGCACCAUGGUGAAUCAGCAAGUGGCCACACGUGGCUUCUCCCAACAGGAGGUGGAAUACAGUCGCUUUGGUCCUGAGAAGUGGUCACAACGACCACGGAAGAAGCGCUCCAAGUAGGUCACCCGCUGGCCAAGCUCGCUAGGUGCAGGUUGACAUGCUCAGGGUUGAUGUUUGCUUGUUUUUGCUCAUUAGGCUCAUGACUUGGCGUUUGCCACUUAUUUUUUGGAGGGUGAGUGCUAAAAAGCUUCUUCAUGUCGCGCUGCUGUUCUUUUUGUGCCGUAGAGUAGACGUUUAUACGCAUGUUAAUAUAUGCAAACAUUGUUUGUUUGGGAUCCUUUGGCUGCAGACUCCGCUGAGUGCAGCAUCCGAGUGCACACCUUCUCAGGGUGUUUGCUGCACCUUUUGCUGGCACCCGGAGUUUGCGUUCGCCACAGCAGGGUCCAGACAACAAGUCUUGAGGUCGCUGAGAUUCAAAGGGCGACCAACUCACGGGCAUCGAGUCAUCGGGGAGUGUGUUGUGAUGAUUUCCCUUGAGUACACAAAUGCAAACGUGACGUUUGAGACUAUGAAGCAGUGAUUUUGGAGCUAUUGUGCGAAUUUAUAUCGGUCGGCCCGGCCUAUUCAGAAUUUUGAGCGGUGUGACCUCCCGAAGAAAACGACUAAAGGCUUGACCGUUGAACCAGCCUAGCUUCAGCACAUGAG